ACUCGGACCGUCAUGUCUGAUGACGAUCCUGCUCGGGGCUCCACUCCCUUCUCAUCUCCCAUCCAACUUGAGUACGAGCCGUCACAGUUACACGACGAGAUUCGCCGCGAACGGGAGGCUCUGCUCUCUCCCAUCACCCUCGAAAAGCAGCGCCGCGCGCGCCACCUCCAGCGAGUCCGCAAGGGCUACUCACCUCCUUCCUCGCCCUCCAGAACACCACGUUCUAGCGCAAAGCGGUGUCAGGCAACAUUCAGUCCAUACUACAGAUAUGGCGGCGCAUUAAACUCUCAAACAGGCGACCAAACCUUUGUCGACAAUCUCCUGGGCUUUAAAUCUGAAUCCUCGCCUGUGGUAUCACCUCAAAAGCCCCCUCCAGAAGCAGUCUUCAAGCUUGAAGUCGAAUCACCAGUGUUCAGUCAAGAGGCCAUCGACGAGACACAAUAUACGGAAGAUGACCACGACCUCCCCACACAGCUUGACCUACUCCGGUCUCGACUUAUCGCUGUUGUCAACGAACGAGAUGCGCUACGUGAUAUGGUGUCCCAGCUGAACGACGAACGUGACAAGAUGCAACGGGAGAAGGAGAAAUUAACGGAGGAGAGGGACAAGUACAAGCAGUCAGUGCGGCAAUGGGAAGAGGCUGCAAGGUCGUCGUCUCCACUGUUUCGUCUUAUGUAUCCGCUGUUAAAUUCCGGUGGCUAA